CGGAAAGACCAGAACCGAUAUUCUGAUAACUCUGUGAUCGACCAAACAAACAAGUAUGACAACCCGUCCAUUGAAAACACUCCUGUCUGGAUAACCGGAAAUACAGUUCAAGCUGGGGGAGGAGGCAGUCGGUGGCGUGAAGGAAAUCUCCCUUGGUUUGAGGACAGAUACGUCAGGUUGCUUCUUGCACUCAGGCUCACGAAGAGAGUGUUGGUGGCUUACAAGCACAAAGCAAGAGCAGCGGAGAUCUCCAAACCUCACCCAAAGCACGGCAGCCACAGAGGACCAUGGCAUUUGCAGGGAUGUUGAGCGACAAAGACAUACAGGCUGCGGUCCAGGCUUGUCAAGCUCCAGGCACAUUCAACUUCAAGUCAUUCUUUGAACAAGUUGGACUGACCGGCUUAUCUGAAGCAGACAGGAGAAAAGUGUUUACAGUCCUGGACCAAGACAAGAGCGGAUACAUCGAAGAGGAGGAGCUCAAACUAUUUCUUCAGAAUUUCUCUCCGGGGGCCAGAGAGCUGACUGUGGCUGAAACCAAAGCUCUGAUGGCUGCUGGGGAUAAAGACAGUGAUGGCAAGAUUGGAAUAGAAGAGUUCUGUGAUCUCCUGAAGUAAAGAGAAGUUACAUACACAUAUGACCGAGGCUGUCUACCCUUGUUCUGAAUAAUGGAUUUGCAAUGGAGAUCUUGACUUUCUGGAUUGUUUCAUGCAAAGACCAAAAACCUCACAAAAUCUGUACCUGCCUGCUGCUCUCCCUGUUCAUGUGAUGCUAUGUUGUAUAAGAUGUUUAGUAGACAGAUGACCAAAGUUGGAUUUUAAACAUGUUUGUGUUUAAUCAAUCAGGUACCUUGAAUGGAUUAAUAAAUGUAGACUAUUAAAGAAGUAAACUUACUCUUUGCUUGUCUUUUUUAUAUAUAUACAUAUAAAGUUAAAUAGACGCAAAUAGAUGCAUUAAGCAUUAUAUACUAUUCAUUCAUAUUCCAUGACUUCACAUAGCUCAGUUCAGGUUUAGCCCUGGGUCAAAAAUUGCCUCAUAAUAAGUAUCUACAACAGUCUAUUUAGAAUGUAUAAAUUGCAUUCUUCUCAUAUAUUAAUACAUUAAAAAAUAAUUCUAAAUUGGUAAUAUUACAGAGGUGUAAUUCUUCAUUUUAAAAGAAAAAAAUAUCUAUUUUCACAAAGUAUCAUGUUGUGUUUUACCUCAGUCAAGAAGGUGUAGCACUGCUUUAUUAUGUUUUAUGUUUUAUUAAAAGUGA